UAUUCCUGCUACUAUCUUAAGUGAAUGUUGAGGGAAGAUGAAAUUUGAGGUGGUCCAAGGUGACCUGGCCUACGAUGGCCGUAUCAUUUUAUAUAUCAUCAAAGCUGAUGCGACAAAUUAUAUCAACUACAUGAAACCGUUAAUGUUAGUUGAGGAACUCCAAAUUGAUCAUGUUAUCUCCUUAAUCGACACCAAGUCCGAUUGGUACAGACAGAUUCACCCGGAAAGAUACGUGCCAGCCAUUAAAGACUGGUGUCCUGAUACCAAGACUGAGAUCAGUGUCUUUGAGAGCACUGCAUGCCUGCAGUACCUUUCAGAGAGAUACGACGAGAAUGGUUUCUGGGCUGGGAGAAAUGCGGCAGAGAAAGCCGCAAUACUAUCAUGGACCGCGUAUCAAACGGCUGGCCUCGGGCCUACGGCAAAGUACUGGUUAUAUUUUCUAAAAGGUUAUCCAACCCGCCAAAACCCCACGGCACUACCAAAGACUGUAGCUAAAUUACACGAGAACUGUGUCAAGCAAUGGGAUAUUUUAGAGCGACGACUGGACAUCCCUGACCAAGAUUAUAUCGCUCUCUCCGAUAGACCGACGGUGGCAGAUAUAUCCUAUUUUCCUUUUUCUAUGCCAUGGAUGUUCAAAUUCCUCAACGUGGAUUUGGAAAAAUACCCUAAUAUCAAAUCAUGGGGGGACAGAAUGAUAUCAAGACCAGCGGUGAAGGCGGUAUUAGAGCGUGUACUAACAUAUGGCCAUGACUUAUGACUUUUUUAAAGGGUAGCUUGAUACUUGUUUACAGACAUUAGAGGUACUCAUACCUGAAGAGGUCAAUAGAUGAUUUUCACAUAAUGUUCGCGUUUAGUGCUUUUAAACAUAGACUUUAAGUG